AUGGGCGGCUUCGAUGUGUAUUGUGCGAUAUGUGGUUCGACAUUCCAAAGUGAAAGCAACCUCUCUAUUGAUUCCGAUGACGAGACCGAUCAAACCUACAGCGGAGAAGUCAUUGGAGAGAGUGACCUUACAUGGCUACAAACGCUCCGCGCUCUUGGUCUCAAUGCUGAUAUCCCUGGAGAAAGGAAAUCUUUCAUCACGGGCCAGGGCUAUUGUAAAGAUGCUGGUUUUAUCGUUGCGGAUCGAGGCGACGAUCCUAACGUUCCCUAUGAUGCCUAUUUCUGCGCAUACUAUGGUUACCGGGGGAUGGAAGACCGUGUUGUCUUCCCUUUUCAUGAGGUCUGUUACAAGGACAUUCUUCUCCGAUGUUUUGAGAAUGAGAAGAUAAGAGGAGACGUGCUUUAUGCUCUCUGUGAAGAGAUGAGUCAAGACCGAGGGAACGGACUGGCGUGGACUUGCGGCGAUCCUAUGCCGCCCUGCGAUCAAUAUUGGGAAUGUAGAAAGGGCGAAGAGAUCCUGGUGACGCAUCCCGUCAAGAUACCUCAGCUGGCGAGUUACUCAGAAGAGAUUAAAGAACUCCUUGUCGAUGUGGAAAAGAAAAGCCCUGAGUCUAGGGCUGUAAAAGACACCCACGACAUAUUCGACAAGCUGCCCUUUGAAUUACGUCAAACAAUAUUCGACCUCCUUCCUAUUGGAUCCGUUCUUGCUCUUAAGGCUGCGUCAUGUUCAAUGCAUGCUUGUCCAUACGGAUCCUGGAAACAAAGGUUGGAAAUUGGCAUGCCUUGGUUUUGGGAAGUUCGUGAUAUUGACCCGUUCAAAUCACAAGCGUUAGAGGCCAGAUUGUCUAGGAUGAUUGUGGAACUUGAGAAGAAGAGUCAAUACAAAGCAGGACCGGUUGAUUACAUCCCUGGGCUUGCGAACCGCAGGCGGAUUUGGGCGAUUUGUGAGGAUAUUAAAGCUUUGUACCACGACAAACUAGCGGAAGCGGAAGGACACCACCUUGAUAGCACGGCAAAACUAGCUGCUCUUAGGGCUUUCUUCGCAUCCUUCCGGGCCGAGAACCCUAACCCCCGGAAUAUAUAA